AUGAAGACUGCUCGGCGCUGUCGCCUGGCUGGCCUUCCAGUCUUCACCGUUGACAUACUUUCCGAGCCGACCAUUAGCAGACUUGCACGCUCGAUCGAGACGAAGAGAGUGGGCGCCGCCGACGCUAAUGGCAAGGAGACCGACACCCAUGCCCAUAAUGACGAGCCUUUCACACUGAGCCUACAUGGUUUGACGCUACCUCCUGACGUGUCCCCAGACAACAUUGCCUAUGUAGUGCCGUGUGCGCCGAUGCAGGAAGACUACUACCACUUAUUUUCAACGAACCCGGCGCCUGAGAGACCGGGGAUCAUGACCACCUGCUACGAGAUUCUCUUCCGAGAGGGCCAGGAACCUGUAGAUCCGUACAGGGCGGCAAAGGCGUGGCAGGGCGUCGUCGACCGCCACGCCAUUUUUCGCACAUGCUUCGUGCCCCUUGCCGAUCUGGGUGUGACGUCUUCCCGCUCAGGACCGUUGCCGCCAGAGACGGUUAUGCAGCUCGUGAUGCGCCGAUGGCCCGUCGAUUGCGCCGUCGUCCACGUCGACUCGGACAGCGAGCACGAUAUUAAGCAAUACAGCGCGGUACACACGGCCAAUAUGCUGUACCGGAUGAAACCGGCCGCCUGCGUCUCGGUCCGCCUGUUCGUCACGCCCUCGGCUCGCGUGUACAUGAACGUCGUCCUCUGGCACAUUGCAGCCGACUUUGUGGCCACGGGCGUGUUCCAGGUCGACUUUGACCGCUUCUACCGCGGCGCCCUGCCUGACCGCCCGGCGCCCGGCUUCGAACUGUAUGUUCACGAUCUCGGCCUGACGACCCGUCGUGGCCAGGCCGCAGUGGAGUCCGGCACCCGAUACUGGAUCCGCUAUCUCACCGGCGCCGAGCCGUGCAGGAUUCGGCCCCAUCAUCUCGGCGUCGUCGACCGGCGCCCCACCCUGGACCUGUCUUCACCGACCGUCUACUCGGAUCCCGACGGAAAGGAGCUUACCUGUGUCACGAACCUCGGCAGGACCUCAUCUCGGUUAGCUAUCGCAGGGCCAGCCGCCUCGUUUUGCCGUAAGUACUGCGUCUUACCCUCCAGGUUGCUCAGUCUCGCCUAUGCCCUGACCCUGUCAAAAUACACUGGCCAUGAAGAGGUGUGCAUCUCCUACCUCGUCUCGGACCGCGACCGCGACAUUCCAGACAUCGAUAAAAUUCUUGGCAUGAUGAUCACCUACUUCUACGCCAGGAUCAAGGUGGUCCCGAGGGCUCGCGUGGCCGACUUGAUACAGCGCCUCCACGCCGACGACCUGGCCCAUAGGAGACACCUGAUCUACCGCCCAAAAGACGUCGCCCGCGCCCUUGGAUAUGAUAAUAGUGAUCUCUAUGGUGUGCUCCCUGUGACAAAUGUGCGUUUCAACGACCGCCGGAUAGACAUCCCAGAGGGGCUAGAGCUGUCGUAUCGUGGUGUCGUCAGUAACCUCAUCCAAGAAGUAUGUUGUGCGAUGAAAUUGGUUUUCACCCUCCGCUUCGCCUCUUCUUUUCCUUUAUUUGGAAUGGCUCAUAUGUGUGUCAGAAUGUACAGUCUUUAA